AUGUAUCGAUUACGGCUUUUGGGGAGCAGCCUAAGCAGGCGGUCAAAGCAAUAUGCAGCUAGAACAUAUACCAGUGCUCCCGCUAAAGACUUGAUUCAAGCACCAGGUCGAGAAGCAGUUUGGAGUGAACAUCAAGCGAAAAGGGCUGAUGCCAUGGUUGGUCCAAGGUUUGAACAGACAAGGAUGGAAGCACAGCCAAAUCCACCAGCUGCUAUUGAAAUGAUUCAUAAAGUCCCUAUUACUGUGGUUGAAACAAGAAGGGUUUGCUGUGAUGGAGGAGGAGGAGCAUUGGGUCAUCCCAAAGUGUAUAUCAACCUGGAUCAAGGCAUUCCGAUAGCUUGUGGAUACUGUGGACUCAAAUACCAAAUGAGCACACAUCAUUGA